CAAUGGGAGCGCGCCAGUCUGUCCCAGGCGCGUCCUCGCGUUCUCAUUCAUUCAGUGCUGCAGGAGCCUCGCAGCGAACAGCAGCCAGCAGUCGCGGAGCUUUCUGCGCAACAAACGCGAAUACAGCCACUCCGAUGUUUUGCGUUUAAUUUCUGAGUGCAUGCUCGUUUUAGGUAAAGGACAGGUCGCACUGCUUUAUGCGUUUAGAAACUCUGCUCUUUAUUCGAUAAAAACUGUUCUGUCCAGCUUCAGAUCGUCCUCCUAAUUUAUCACUACUGCUUUGGGUGCACAAGACUACUUCUGUUGGAGGAUUUACAAGUCCUGGAACAUAAUGCUGCAAUUUUGCACGAAUUUGGAAAAAUCAAAUCGAUGAGCAACUGUCUUUUCAUGGUCUGGAUUUACAGUAAUCGUUACAAGUGAUAUGUACAAACUGUAACUGGCCCAGUAAAUACUUGGAUGGACGUGUCUUCUUUGGUAUACUGAUUGAUGGAUCUUUCGUGGAUGGUUGUUUGCAACGUUAGGGCUGCAGAUGCUGGCCAGGCCCGUGGUGAGGGUGGGAAGUGAUCGGCCCAGAUGGAGCUCCAGAGUGCCCCUGGGGGCAGCCCGUUAGCGGGGAUCCAGCCGCGGCUGGAGUAUGACAGGGAGCUCCAACGCUCGGGCGUCCUGUCUCUGGAGCAGAUCAGGGCGCUCCGCUGCAGCAAUGAGUACACCGAGGGCCCCUCGGCCCCCAGGAGGCCAGUCCCCAGGCCUGUCCCCAGGUUGGAGAAACACGAGAGGACUCACGAAAUCGUCCGCGUCAACGUCAACAACAACUACGAGCGCCGGAGCCCUACCCAGCAGCCCCUGGGGUCCCCGCCUGGGCCACGCGUUCCACCAUUGAGCCGCUCCGCCAGCUCCGGGAGCAGCAGCAGUGCCUCAUCAGAGCAGGGCCUUCUGGGACGGUCGCCCGCCGCGAGGGCUAAUCGGAUUGUACGGAGCCAGCCCUCGGCCAAUCGGACCAUAUGCACCCAGCCCAAGCCCUCGGGACUGGUACAGGAGGUCCUGAAACCCUUGGGGAAACAGGAGCAGGACGUCUCCAGUCACCGGUUUGUGUGUGAGCAGUGCGGGAGGUGUAAGUGUGUAGAGUGUGCGGCCCCCCGGCCCCUGCCCUCCUGCCUGGCCUGUGGGGGUCAGUGUCUCUGCUCAGCCCAGUCCCUGCUUGAGCAGGGCACCUGCAUGUGCCUGGUGAAGGGCCUGUUCUACCACUGCUCCAGUGACGACGCGGGGGAGUCCUGCUCCGACCGGCCCUGCUCGCUCUCCCGCUCCCACUGCGCCUCCCGCUUCCUGUGUAUGGGCCUGCUGUCGGCCAUCUUCCCCUGCUUACUGUGCUACCCCCCUGCCCGGGCCUGCCUCGCCGCUGGACAGUCGUGCUACGACCGAGCCAAGCGCCCUGGCUGCCGCUGCAAGAACUCCAACACCGUCUACUGCAAGCUGGACAACUGGUCACCCCAGAGCCCCCAAAAACCCUCCUGACUCACCUUACUGGAGAGGGAUUUAUAAACAUCCAUAAUAAUAAUAACAAAAAUAACUCAGAUUAUUAUUAAUGUUUAUCAGAACCUAAGCACCUCCACUUACCCUACUUCUUCAUGGAAGAUGUCUGUACUGGGACUAUGGAACCACUUUUUAUGAAAGAACCCAACUAUAAACCAGCGUUGGCCUUGCAUUCUCUUUGUCUUAAGAAACUCUUAACACUCCUGACUAGCUGUAACGCAUUCUCUUUCCUUGGGGAACACUGUGUUUUAAGCGUCUUCUGAGAACAGCCUCUGACCAAAUCUGUGAAGGACUAUCUAGGCAAUAUGUAGCUGUUACCAGAUAUCCAUAGUAACAAAGAUUGUUUCUUUAGUAACUGGUUGACACCACACCAAGCUGUGGCUUUGUUUUUUUACUGGGAAUCAUGUAAACACAAUUUCUUACAGUUUCCACCAGACACACUGCUCACACUGUCAUUCUGUGUGUUCACGGGCCACAGCUGUUGUGUUUUCUUACCUUACAGUUUUUUUUGGUUUUUGUAAAUUUUAUGUACAAAAUCAUAAAGAUAAAUUCUGACUAUUUUUAAAAGAAAAUGUCUGCUAAAAACAUUUUUGUUGUAAAGAAUAUUUAUUAUGUGAAGCUGUAUUAUUUUAUGAUAUUUAUUGCAGAAGACAUUCUUGAAAUUUUACUCAUGUCUGAAUAUAACAAAAUAUCAAUACUUACUGAAAAGUUAAAGGGUGGCACAAAAGAAAAACUAUGUUAACUAUAAUGCAGAAAAUAUAUUAAUUAAUGAACAAUA